AACUCCUUGUCUGUGGACCCCGAUGCCGAAUGCAAGUACGGCCUGUACUUCAGGGACGGCAAGCGCAAGGUGGACUACAUCCUGGUGUACCACCACAAGCGGCCCUCGGGCAGCAGGACUCUGGCCAGGAGGGUCCAGCACCACGACACAGCCCCGGGGGCGCGCAGCCUCAAGCAGGACCACCCCCUGCCCGGGAAGGGGGCGCCGGUGGAAGCGGGCUCGCCCGAGCCGCCCAUGGACUACCACGAGGACGACAAGUGGUUCCGCAGGGAGGAAUACGAAGGCAACCUGCUGGAGGCCGGCCUGGAGCUGGAGCGCGACGAGGACACUAAAAUUCAUGGCGUUGGGUUUGUAAAAAUCCAUGCCCCCUGGAAUGUGCUGUGCAGAGAGGCUGAGUUUUUGAAACUGAAGAUGCCGACGAAGAAGAUGUAUCACAUUAAUGAGACCCGUGGCCUCCUAAAAAAAAUCAACUCCGUGCUCCAGAAAAUCACAGACCCCAUCCAGCCCAGGGUGGCCGAGCACAGACCCCAGACCACGAAGAGACUCUCCUAUCCCUUCUCCCGGGAGAAGCAGCACCUAUUUGACCUGUCUGAUAAGGAUUCCUUUUUCGACAGCAAAACCCGGAGCACAAUAGUCUAUGAGAUUCUGAAAAGAACGACGUGUACCAAAGCCAAGUACAGCAUGGGCAUCACAAGCCUGCUGGCCAAUGGCGUUUACUCGGCCGCGUACCCACUGCACGAUGGAGACUACGACGGUGAAAAUGUCGAGUUCAAUGACAGAAAACUCCUGCAUGAAGAGUGGGCGAGAUACGGCGUCUUCUACAAGUACCAGCCCAUCGACCUGGUCAGGAAGUAUUUUGGGGAGAAGAUCGGCCUGUACUUCGCCUGGCUGGGCGUGUACACCCAGAUGCUCAUCCCUGCCUCCAUCGUCGGAGUCAUCGUCUUCCUGUACGGAUGCGCCACCAUGGAUGAAAACAUCCCCAGCAUGGAAAUGUGCGACCAGAGACACAACAUCACCAUGUGUCCCCUCUGCGACAAGACCUGCAGCUACUGGAAGAUGAGCUCGGCCUGCGCCACUGCCCGGGCCAGCCACCUCUUCGACAACCCUGCCACCGUCUUCUUCUCCAUCUUCAUGGCCCUCUGGGCCGCCACCUUCAUGGAGCACUGGAAGCGGAAACAGAUGAGGCUCAAUUACCGCUGGGACCUCACAGGCUUCGAGGAGGAGGAGGAGGCUGUCAAGGAUCAUCCCAGAGCCGAAUAUGAAGCCAGAGUCUUGGAGAAGUCUCUGAGGAAAGAAUCCAAAAACAAAGAGAAGCGCCGGCACACUGCGGAGGAGCCCACGAACAAAUGGAAACAGAGGGUUAAGACAGCCGUGGCGGGGGUGAAAUUGACUGACAAGGUAAAGCUGACCUGGAGAGACCGGUUUCCAGCCUACUUCACCAACUUGGUCUCCAUUGUCUUCAUGGUCGCGGUGACGUUCGCCAUCGUCCUGGGCGUCAUCAUCUACAGAAUCUCCACAGCUGCCGCCUUGGCCAUGAACUCCUCCCCCUCUGUGCGGUCCAACAUCCGGGUCACGGUCACGGCCACGGCGGUCAUCAUCAACCUGGUGGUCAUCAUCCUCCUGGACGAGGUCUACGGCUGCAUAGCGAGGUGGCUCACCAAGAUCGAGGUCCCAAAGACCGAGAAGAGCUUCGAGGAGAGGCUGAUCUUCAAGGCUUUCCUGCUGAAGUUUGUGAAUUCCUACACCCCCAUCUUCUACGUGGCUUUCUUCAAAGGCCGGUUUGUCGGGCGCCCCGGCGACUACGUGUACAUUUUCCGUUCCUUCCGAAUGGAGGAGUGCGCACCGGGGGGCUGUCUCAUGGAGCUUUGCAUCCAGCUGAGUAUCAUCAUGCUGGGCAAGCAGCUGAUCCAGAACAACCUGUUCGAGAUCGGCAUCCCGAAAAUGAAGAAGUUCAUGCGGUACCUGAAGCUGAAGCGGCAGAGCCCCUCGGACCGCGAGGAGCCCGUGAAGAAGAAGCAGCGGUACGAGGUCGACUACAACCUGGAGCCCUUCGCGGGCCUCGCCCCGGAGUACAUGGAGAUGAUCAUCCAGUUCGGCUUCGUCACCCUGUUUGUCGCGUCCUUCCCCCUGGCCCCGCUGUUUGCACUGCUGAACAACAUCAUUGAGAUCCGCCUGGACGCCAAAAAAUUCGUCACUGAGCUCCGGAGGCCGGUGGCCGUCAGAGCCAAAGACAUCGGAAUCUGGUACAAUAUUCUCAGAGGCGUUGGGAAGCUUGCUGUCAUUAUCAAUGCCUUCGUGAUCUCCUUCACGUCCGACUUCAUCCCACGCCUGGUGUACCUCUACAUGUACAGCCAGAACGGGACCAUGCAUGGCUUCGUCAACCACACCCUCUCCUCCUUCAACGUCAGCGACUUCCAGAAUGGCACAGCCCCCAACGACCCCCUAGACCUGGGCUACGAGGUGCAGAUCUGCAGGUACAAAGAUUACCGGGAGCCCCCGUGGUCGGAACACAAGUACGACAUCUCCAAGGACUUCUGGGCUGUCCUGGCAGCCCGGCUGGCCUUUGUCAUCGUCUUCCAGAACCUGGUCAUGUUUAUGAGUGACUUCGUGGACUGGGUCAUCCCAGACAUCCCCAAGGACAUCAGCCAGCAGAUCCACAAGGAGAAGGUGCUCAUGGUGGAGCUGUUCAUGCGGGAGGAGCAGGGCAAGCAGCAGCUACUGGACACGUGGAUGGAGAAGGGGCACAAGAAGGAGGAGCCGUGCAGCAACCACAAGCCCAGAGCCAGCCCGGACAGCCCCGGUGGCAGCCCGGCUCCCAGCCCCGGGUACCACGGGGUUGUUCUGUAGCUGCCACGGCAGGGCUGAGCAAGCAGCUUCUCGUCCCGACCAGCGCCUGGUGGCCACCC